UUUUGCUUUGACAACCAUCCGCAAUAAUGAAACGAAUAUUACCGUGGAGGGGAACGCUCCUAAGAAAUAAAUGGUCGCGAAGGACAUUUGCUACAGUCUCUGACUGCUCAAGACCGUUCGAUGUUGUUGUUAUCGGAGGCGGGCAUGCUGGUGCUGAGGCUUGCGCAGCUGCCGCACGAAUAGGCGCAAGAACUGCUCUAGUUACGCCCAAAAUUGAGAACCUGGGAACAUGUUCAUGCAACCCUAGCUUUGGGGGGAUCGGCAAAGGCACCAUCAUUCGAGAGAUAGAUGCGCUCGACGGGUUGACAGGUCGAAUAAUAGACAAAGCUGGCGUACAAUUCCAUAUGCUUAAUAGCAGGAAAGGACCUGCAGUUUGGGGCCCUCGUGCGCAGAUCGACCGACGCUUGUAUCAACAACAUAUGAGACACGAGCUUGAAUCAUACCCGAAUUUGUCGAUCGUCCUUGACAGUGUAUCCGACAUCGUCAUUUCGCACCAGGACAGCCGACCAAAGAUAUCCGGUGUGCAAUUGGAAUCUGGUCAGACUAUCUCAGCUAAUCACGUCAUUAUUACAACCGGAACCUUUUUGGGAGGAGAAAUUCAUAUUGGACUCCAAUGCUAUCCUGCUGGCAGGAUGGGUGAGGCUGCGACAUUUGGUUUGACCAAGUCCUUGCGAGAUGCCGGCUUUCAGCUUGGCCGACUCAAGACUGGCACACCUCCGCGACUUGCCAAAUCCUCUAUCGAUUUUGAUGUUCUAGAGGAACAACUAGGAGAUGAAAGACCGAACCCUUUCAGCUACCUUAAUGAUGCUGUCACUGUCAAAGAACAACUGACAUGUGGAAUCACUUAUACGAAUGAAGCAACACACGAUAUUGUUCGAGACAAUUUAGACAAGACGAUACAUAUACGAGAAACUAUUAAAGGACCGAGAUAUUGUCCAUCACUGGAAUCUAAGGUCAUUAGAUUUGCGGAAAAAAAUCGACACAUAGUUUGGCUCGAGCCGGAAGGCUUUGAUAACGAUGUUAUAUACCCCAAUGGCUUAUCCAUGACGAUUCCACCAGAAGCACAAGAGCAGGCGUUGCGGUCAAUCAAGGGGCUUGAGAGGGUCGAAAUGUUACAACCUGGAUAUGGCGUUGAAUACGAUUAUGUCGACCCUCGCGGGUUGCGAUCAACUUUGGAAACCAAAGCUAUUGAGGGCUUAUAUCUCGCUGGCCAGAUAAAUGGAACAACAGGAUAUGAAGAAGCUGCUGGUCAAGGCGUUAUUGCAGGGAUAAAUGCCGGAAGAGCAGCGCUUAAUCUUGAACCAGCAUCUUUGACAAGGUCGGAUGGAUAUAUUGGCAUCAUGGUUGAUGAUCUCAUCACCAAGGGCGUCACAGAACCCUAUCGCAUGUUUACUUCUCGUAGUGAAUUUCGCAUGUCGACUCGUGCUGAUAAUGCGGAUUUACGUUUGACUGAGAAGGGCAAAUUAUGGGGAGCUGUUUCUGAUAGGCGAUGGGAGGCCUUUACCAAUGAGAGGGACCAAAUUGCUGCCUUGACUAGAACUCUCAAUGCAGUUUCGCUGACGCCCGAGAAAUGGGCGGCAAAUGGAUUCGAUCUCAAACGCAACUCUCGUCGUCGCAGCGGCAUCGACAUCCUACGUUUAUCGCACAAUGGUGGCGGCGAGCAGAUGGACAGGCUGAGCCAGGUAGUUCCUAAAAUCUUGGAGUAUUCAGAGCGCAUCCGACAGAGGGUUGUUAUUGAAGCCGCGUAUGCCCCUUAUAUCGAAAUGCAAGCUGCCGAGCGCGGCCGAUUCAUGCACGACGAAAGAAUCAAAAUUCCUAUGGACAUUAACUAUGACGGUAUCGGAGGACUAGCAAUAUCAGAAAAGGAAGUCUUGAAGGUAGCGCGACCGGAAACAUUGGCGCAAGCACGACGUAUUGAAGGGGUAACACCUGCUGGAAGUUUAAGACUCCUCGCGCAUCUUCGCAGGACUACGACCUCGCCUAUGGAGCAAUACCAAGAUGCCUAACAAGGUCCUCUUUGAAUACGCCAGCGAUGGAUACCAACAAGAAGGGAUAGAAGAUACGAACAGAACUAUUUGAAAAUAGAUUGUACAAUAAGAAUUUACAUAAUACAACCCCAACACUCAUGGAGUCUUUGUUUUUAAUACCAAAUCACAGCAAAUAAUUACUGCGAUUUAUCCUUGGUAAUGGACUUUGGUACUUGCUUUGGCGGAUGCAAAAUCUUGACAGCGUCCUUUGUAUAAAUAUAGCUGGCGCCGCUCCAAAUGGUCGUAGCUGCGACAAUCAUUCUAAUUCUCCAUUAGCAUAUAGUCACGGAAACGGUACGCUGCAGUGUAAACAUACUGAAGAAUUGACAAGCUCUGAGACAAGUCUACUGCAACAAGAGGCGCGGCAGUUGUGAUGCCCACCAGGGCAAGCUGGAGAAAGGUGUUGUACUUGCUAAUCGUGGUAGGGCGGACCUCGGCAGAAGGAAGCGAGAAGUCCCAGUAUCGCUUAAAGGUCUUCGGCGCAGGCAGCGAUAUCCAUCUAUAGUAAAUGGCUGAUAUACCCAGGCCAACAUCUCUUCCCAAGAUCACAGUAGCGAGCCAGACUAGUAAAGGACAGGAGAAUUAGCAGGAAGUUAAGCCCAAAACCAUGGACACAACUUACUUGGCAAGGCACCCUUUACCGCUAGACACACUGUGAGUAUCGUCAUAAGGGCCUUGUCCGCCAUGGGGUCAAUGACGGUGCCGACGACUGUCUGCUUAUUCCAUUUCCGCGCAAUCCAUCCGUCGAGCAGGUCAGUGAUGCCGGCAUAGGCUAACAACCCUGUGGCCCAAGCGUGCGAGUCAUGCAAAACUAAGUAACCAAUUGCAGGAGCAGCAAGUAUUCGGCUAAAAGUCAAAAUAUUUGGGAGAGUAUAGAUGUCUUCGCGGAUUUGGUCUAUCUUGGUCGUCUUCGCUGUUGUUAUCGGCGGUGGCGGCGUUGUUGUUGAAUGCUGUGAGACUGUGGUGUUGGGUGCCGGCUUUUGCGGCGAGGUUUUAGAUCUAGCAUAUCAAGUCCAGUUAGAACUAUAACACUUCAAGCUUGUCAUCAA